CGUAUUUCCCAUGAGCUCCUGCGACUGUGCGUCCGUUUGAUUCGAUCGCCAUUUUGGGAUUACGUUUGUAUUGAAUGCGACAGUUGCAAAAUUUUGUAGGGCACCAAAAUGUCUCGAUAUCGAGAUUCGGGGUCAUCUGAUGCUAAGUUAUAUGUUGGAGACUUAGGAUCGUCGGCGUCCAAACAGGAACUUGAAGAAGCGUUUUCGUAUUACGGCCCUUUGCGCAAUGUGUGGGUCGCUCGUAAUCCACCCGGCUUUGCGUUUGUGGAAUUUGAGGACGUGAGAGACGCAGAAGAUGCAAUUCGGGGAUUGGAUGGAAGAACUAUAUGUGGCAGAAGAGUUCGUGUAGAAAUGUCAAAUGGCAUAGGUGGCAAAGGUGGCCGAUUCAGAGGUUCAGUACCACGACGAGGUCGGCCAUUUCACCCAGAAGACAGGUGCUACGAAUGUGGGGAGCGAGGCCACUAUGCCCGUGAUUGCUACAGAUACCGUUCUCGAAGCAGUGGACGGCGCAGGUCAUACUCACGUAGUCGUUCACGUUCAAGAUCAAGAUCACGUAGCCGCAGCAGGUCACGAAGCCGUCGUUCAAGAACAAGAUCAAGAUCUCGCAGCCGCUCGAAGACACCUAGGUCACGUUCUCGCACUCGCAGCCCAGCUCGCUCUAGGACACCGCGCUCACGAAGCCGCAGUGGAAGCAGGGCACGAGAUUCUCCUGAUCGCAAUGGGGAUGUUAACACAAAUGAACGGGAUUGAUUGCUUUGCUUUAACACUCAUCUUGGACCUUCUGGUGAUUGCUGGGAGGCAUCUAGACAGCUUGGAACUUCCAGAUUAUAUUUUUAAGUCACUCUUGUAAUGCUUUUAAAAUGUUCCAGCACUUGUUUGACUAAAGAAUGAAUUAGGCUAA